UACUGGGAUUUCAGCCAAAUAGCAUUUGUUGCAGUAAAAAUGAAACUGAGGAUAAAAAGGCACACGGCUACUUCAUUUAUAUAGGAUAUGUAGGCUAAUUACAGAAACUUCUAUAGAGGUUAUCAUUUCAUUUCUUCAUAAUAUUACCUGUGUAUUACAAUAUUGAGAGCCCCAUAGCAGCAAAGUCAGAGGAGGGGCUGCAUGACCCAGCUCGGCAUGCCAGCGGGUGAUAGGCAGAAAUUGGAGGGAAAGGGGGGGAAGGGGCAUAGCAACAGGCUGAGAGAGGGAAACAAAAGGAGACUGGGUAGGCUGGGCUAGCCACCAUUUUAUGUGGGCAGCGAGGAAGAAGGUUCACUUACCAACUGCAGAUGGCUGCCAAUAUGGAUGCCCUCUUGGCUCGGAUCAGGACAGAGGCAGAGCGCAGGGGAGAUGAGUGGCUUCGGCAGCUGCUGCCAGAGGAACUGCCACAACAGCCGGUGACGACUGGAGUGAGGACCCGCAGGUCCAGGCCGCCGACCAGACUCAGUCCAUCACCCCCAAUUCAACGUCGGCGGGUACCAUCGCGGAGCCCACAGACAGGGACCGGGAGCGGUAAAGGGAGCGGGCGGCCCAGAGCGUCGGCGAGAGACGGCCGCUCCGUUGAUGUGCGGCGCAGCACCCCCGCUGCUAGUACAGCACCAGCGCAGAGGGGCAACGUGAGGAGCCGCCAGCCUAGUAAAAAUGGGAGCGGAGCAGCCCGUGGGAGCAGCGGAGAUGACAGCCUGCACCCCCAUUCAAGCACAGAGGUUCCGGUCCAAGAACUUACAGAGGAGGAGGGAGAGACGUCUGCUCGGCGCGACGGUCAGGCGAGUAAUGAGGGAAAUGCGGGAGCUGCCGGCUUAUGGAGGGAGCAUGCGCAUAGGCCGCAGCAGGACAGGAGAGAUUUUUUAAGUGAGCAGGGUAUGCGCUCACAUAGCAGUGUGGCCACCAGCACAGGACAGAGGAGGGAGGCUGUUGGGGGGGCCCAGGCAACGAGCAUUAGGGAUGGCACAGGACUGCACAGUUCAGGAAGGGUGGGGGGGCCGGAUGGCGACCCCCAGACGGCUGCCUGGCUCGCAGGUUCAGCCUGGCAAGGGAUUUCCACAGCACCAGUACCACAGGCAGGGCCAGCGAGAGGUGUGGUGGCAGGGUGCCAAGUCUGGGCCACAGGGACAGCACGUUCCAACAUAUCAGCGGUGGGUAGGGAAGGGUCGGCAGUGGCUAAUAGCACUGCAGGCCAAGGUGUACCCCCCCCACUUGUUUUACUUCAGGUCGACGGAAGAGGAGAUGGAGAUGCGCAGCAACCACGGACAACGCAGGACAAUGGCACAGACAUCUCAACAGGGACUGAUACCAUCAAUACCACAGGACAAGUGGAUCAGAUUCCGGGGACUGGCGCCCGAGGCGGAACAGGAGGGAGAGCGAUGCCCAGACCGGAUUUGGGAGCUGGUGCAUCAGGUAUGAUGGAUUGGGUACGAAGGUCCUUAGCCCCAAGCACCUGGAGCAGUUACAAUAAAGUAUGGUGUGACUGGGCUCGUUUAGAGCAAGAAAUGGGGGUGUCGGACAACAAUGAUGACAGGCUGGGGCUCCUGGCGUGGCAACUGUCAAAGGAUUUUGACAGUAAUGUGUCCGUCAGCGUGAUCGAAAGGAAAUUAUCGGCUUUGGCCUUUUUGUUCAAAUUUCGGGGCUGGACGGAUGUCACAAAAGAUUUUGCUAUCAAGCAAGCGUUUAAGGGAUUCAAGAAGGGAAGGAGGUCAGCAGACAUUAGGAGGCCCAUCACUUUUAACAUUUUGGAGGGAAUAUUUAGUCAACUGGGUUGCAUUACACAUUCACCAUUUGAACAGUUGUUAUUCAAAUUGGCCUUUUCCUGGGCUUUCUUUGGGGCAUUUAGAAUAUCUGAGUUGGUGAGUCCCAACAGGGCAGGAGCAGGGGGGGUUUUGCGAGAGGACAUAAAGAGGGAAGAGCAGAGUUUGUCGAUUAGGAUUCGGGAGGCAAAAACUGACAAAGGUGGAAAAGGUUUUUUAGUGGAGCUACAUGGGGUAGAGGGAUUCGACAUCUGCCCAAUAAAAUGUUUUGAUGAAUACUGCAGGGUCAGAAAAGAACAAGUGGGCAGUUUUCUUAUUCACCAGGAUGGUUCGGCCUUAUCAAAAUUUCAGUUUGUGGCGGUGCUGAGGAGGUCACUGGAAGGGUUAAAACUGGCGUCGGCCGAGUAUGGGAGUCAUUCGUUUAGAAUAGGGGCCGCCACUGAAGCAGCCAGAUGGGGUUUGGACGAAACAGUCAUUAGAAGGAUUGGUAGAUGGGAGUCUAACAGGUUCCGUUCUUAUAUUAGACCAAGUAGAGUUGAACAAUAAAAAAAAAAAAAAAAAAAAAAAAGGAAAGAAAUAAAGAGCCGUGGGGGCUAGUGGGGAUUAAUACAGUGUUAGUGAUUUGUAUCUUUUUCAGGUACCCGGCCCUGCAAGGCGUGGCUUCUGGGACAUUCAUACAUACAUUGGGCAGAGCAACGGGCUAUGUUUCAACGGUCAGAUGGCCAGUUGGGCUUUCAACACACGCAGGUGCAAUUGCGGUGGGUCAGCAGGAGGGGGCUUAAAUGGGUGGAAAUUGUACCCCUGGUUGUGCAAAAAGCGAAAGAAUUCGGCCCUCCUAACAUUAUUGUUUUACACGCGGGGGGCAAUGAUGUAGGGCAAUGUCCCAUGAAGUUUUUAAUAAAAGACAUUAGGAGGGAUUGUCUCAGAUUGUGGUCGCUUUUUCCUGGGGUCGUUCUAAUAUGGUCGGAGAUCAUCCCUAGAGCUCAUUGGAGAGGGGCCCAUUCGCACCAAGCCGUAAACAGGGCUAGGAUUAAGAUCAACCGGGCAGUUUCAAAAUUUGUGCAGGGCAAUGGAGGGAUAAUUGUGAGGCACAUGGAACUAGAGAAAGACAGGGAUUAUUUUCUACCAGAUGGGGUGCAUUUAAACGAGUUAGGCCUGGACCUAUUUAAUUUCAGCUUGCAGGAGGCCAUUACAUUGGCUUGGAGGGCAUGGCGGUGUAUGCGGAGCUGAAGGUGUCCAGCUCGGCAUACAGUGGCGGGUCUUUUUGUCAGUCUGCCGGGGAGGUGAUCUGUUAUGGGAUGACUGAUCAGGUCAAAUGGGUGGUUUAACCCCUUAAGGUGGGUGACCACGGUUAACAGAUGGAGUACUAAAGGGGGGCAAUAGGAAGCCCCGGGAGAGGCGGCAGGGAUCCUCUUAGCUAGGGAUUGGGCGGCUGGAGGAUAUCCUGGCUUGCUUUGGAAGGGGUAGACUGACAAUGGGCUCAGGCAGACAAGUUUGGGUUACUUAUUGUUAUUAUCUAAUGGAAUUGUUGUAAUGUUAUAAAAGGGAUGUUAUGGAUGAACUAUUUCAUGCUUACAAUUGUAUUGAUGUUAUGCAUUGUUAUGUACUAAUAAAAGCUGUGGCCAUGAUCAUUCCAAAUAAUGAUAUUUGUCACUGGUUAUUAUGAGUCAGAGGAGCGAGUGUAGGCGGAUGCAUGGGUCAUGAGAGCCCCAUAGCAGCAAAGUCAGAGGAGGGGCUGCAUGACCCAGCUCGGCAUGCCAGCGGGUGAUAGGCAGAAAUUGGAGGGAAAGGGGGGGAAGGGGCAUAGCAACAGGCUGAGAGAGGGAAACAAAAGGAGACUGGGUAGGCUGGGCUAGCCACCAUUUUAUGUGGGCAGCGAGGAAGAAGGUUCCCACCCACCCUCCCGUUAGUUUGGAAAUAACAACUUUAGCUGGUCAAUGCUGUUGGAUAGGCAUUGCCCGGGGGGUCCGUGAGUUAAAGAGAAAUAUUGGGAAUAGAAUUUGUAAAAAAAUAAAUAAAUAAAAUAAGGGGAGUAAGGGUAUUUGUCACAGCAUAGGCGGGUCUUUUUGUCAGUCUGCCGGGGAGGUGAUCUGUUAUGGGAUGACUGAUCAGGUCAAAUGGGUGGUUUAACCCCUUAAGGUGGGUGACCACGGUUAACAGAUGGAGUACUAAAGGGGGGCAAUAGGAAGCCCCGGGAGAGGCGGCAGGGAUCCUCUUAGCUAGGGAUUGGGCGGCUGGAGGAUAUCCUGGCUUGCUUUGGAAGGGGUAGACUGACAAUGGGCUCAGGCAGACAAGUUUGGGUUACUUAUUGUUAUUAUCUAAUGGAAUUGUUGUAAUGUUAUAAAAGGGAUGUUAUGGAUGAACUAUUUCAUGCUUACAAUUGUAUUGAUGUUAUGCAUUGUUAUGUACUAAUAAAAGCUGUGGCCAUGAUCAUUCCAAAUAA